CGGCGGCUAUAUAAAGGGCUGAGUGCUCACACUGGUCUCAGACUGACUGAAGCCUACUGGACUUAACAUCGCUGCACACUAACUCCAAAUAAGACCAAACAACUACAGACUCAAAGAAUGAAACGCAGAUGGUCUCUCCUGCUGCCCACCAUCACUGAGACCCUGGAGGACCCCGCGUCGCCCCCCCUGCCCACCCCGGCCUCCCCCACCCCGGACGACUACAUGGCCAGCAUCCAGGCCCUCGCCCGGCCCCUGGAGGCCCUCAACCCGGGGCCCUCCCGGCUCCAGAGGGCCGCCCGGCCGCGGCUCUUCUCCAAGGCCCAGACAAAGCACUCGGGAGCGGCACUACUUCCACGUGGAUCCCCUCGCAGCUCAAGGGCCGGCGGGGAGAGGCUGGCCCUCAGGACGGUGGAGGAGCGGGACUGCAGAGGCAGGGACCCCGUGGACUGGCUGUACGGACAGGCCCAGAUGAGGACUUAAUGGGGACCCACUUUCUGUUUUGAUUUUUUUUUUUUUGAGGCCAGAGACUACGAGGGAACACGCCAACAGUGGCUCUCAUAGAGCUGAAUUGAAGAAGUAUUUAUUUCUAUGCACUCAAAA